GGAAGUGGGCGCGGCCGCCACCGGGAGGAGCGGGCAGAGCGCCCCGCGCCGCCGCCACCAUUGAGGCGGACGCGGAGCGGCGGCGGCGGCGCGCGGAGGGCGGAAGCGGCGGCGGUGGAACGACGCCGGGGCCCGCCGCCAUGACAUCGGCAUCCACCAAGGUCGGGGAGAUCUUCUCGGCCGCCGGCGCCGCCUUCUCCCGCCUGGGGGAGCUCACCAUGCAGCUGCACCCCAUGGCCGACAGCCCCGCGGGCCAUGGGGCGCUGUGGGGCAGGGCCAAGUGGACGGCGGCGGAGUUGGAGCUGCUGCGCGCGGCCGUGCGGCGCUUUGGGGACGACCUGCAGCGCAUCAGCGCCAUCAUCAGGGAGCGCACGCUCGCUCAGCUCCGCGGCGCGGCGCGCCGGAAGGCGUACGAAGAGGGCGGGAUCGCAGUGCCGCCGCCCCCCCCCGAUUCACCCAAACGGGGGCAGCGCCGACCCGGGGGGGGGGCGGGGGGGGGCGGGGCGUCCCCGGAGCCUCCCCCGAAGAGACCCAAAUCCGCUUCCGAGCCCCCCCCCACUGAGGCCGACCCCCCCGGGGGGGACGUGGUGGACGUGGAGGGAUUGGGGGAACCCCCCCCCCCAAAAAGGACCCCCCCGGAAUUGGUGUGAAUGGAGCCCUCCGUGGGACCCCCCCUUAAAGGACCCCCCAACAACCGACGGACGCCGCCCCCCCCCCCCCCCCCUCCGGGACCCCCAAAUCCCAUCGGGGUUCCCCCCCCCCCCAUAUUUGCACCCCAAUAAACGGCUGUGACCCCCCCCAC